AUGAGAGAGGCAUUCCAGUUUGAAGUACUGCAAACACAGCAUGAAGAAAUUAAACAGAAGCUGAAAGAAAUGCAGGAUGAAAUUCUUACUAAAAAUGGAGAAAUUAAAAUUUUGCGUGACUCAAUGCAGCAGAUGGAAUAUGCUAUGGAGGAACAGAAGCGAUCAUACAUACUGUUGGAACAGCAAAAAUCUCAGACCUUAAGUGAAAAAGAAAAAGAGUUCUCCAAAAAGUUACUGUCAUUACAGUCAGAGUUGCAGUUCAAAGAUGCAGAAAUGAAUGAAUUAAGAACACGACUUCAGAACUGCGAAAGAAAUAAACAUGUUACUCAGACGGCUUUAAUUGCAAGUCCGAAGAAGAAUUUUGCAAUACAAGUGAAAUCAGAAGCAUGUUCUCCGCAGCCUGGAAAAAGACCUUUUCCUACAAAGGAAUCCUUCAGUGCUGAAACAUCCACUAGACCAUCGUGUUCUUCGGGAAAUUUGAUUGCCCCGACUACCUCAAUCAAAGAAGACAGUAAGAUAACCCAUCCUGAAGUUGUAUCCGUGAAGCACGAAGCAAUGGGAAAAAACGGUUCUUACAACUCUGUACAUAAACGAAACACACAAGGUUCUAUAUUACUAAAUGCACUGAUGAAGCAGCCCAUUGUCCCUGGGUCGUUAUUAGGACUCUGCCAUCUUCUUAGCAGUAACUCUGAGCCUCUACCUGGAGCUAUAUUGCAGCCUAACUAUUUGGAUACGAAAUCCACACAGCAACCCAGCAGCAGGACAACUCAAGAAGAAAUUGCUCCUCUUGUAUCCCUGCGAGAAGCUCAAAAACUUGCAAUAACAGGCUUGAACUUGAUUGCUAUGGAUGAAAGAUUAUCUGAAGGAAUCCCAAUGGAAAGCCGGAGAGAGUUCUUGCACCUCACGUGCUGCAAGAUCCGAGGCGCCGUGCACCUCCUGCCCUUGGUAGAACACCAUGUUGGUGCGUACUGCCAAGCGGUACAAUUGUCGGACAAAUCAGUAAACAGUUCUUGUGGAAACCAUUCAGGUGUUUCUUCCAGAACCAACACAAAUAUGGCGUCAAGUAAAGAGGACUUCAGGUUGCCUCUUGAAGAAACUACAGUUAUAUCACUGGGUAUUCUUUAUUAUUUGGCGUUUUAUAGCUGGGAUGUUGUCCACACAUUGCUAUCUACUGAAAUGGAAAAAAGUUCUGCUGCUGGAGAUGAACAGGUUUCCAAGACGGACAAAAACGUCUUGUGUGAUAAUAAAGAAGACACCAGGACGCAAGGAGGAUUGCCCAUAGCUCCACAGGAUGUUCCCAAUAACGAUCGAGUUCAACAUUCUUUGUUUAAAAAGCUGCUUCAGGUUUUAGCUUUUUCUGCUGCAAGAGGCUCCCAGAACGAUAGUAUACUGAACCAAAGCCUUAAAGUUUUGGUGAAAUUAGCUGAAAACUCAACAAUGGACUUGCUAAUAAAUUUUCAGCACUUACUGAGUAGCCAGACACUGCUCCGUUGUCUCUGUCCAGAGACCCCUUUGCCUGCUGCCCUUCUGACUGUGAGACUGUUGUCUAUUCUUGCUCAACACCACAUGCUGGUUGCUCAACUUUGUUCUCAUUCAGACACCUGCCUCCUUCUUGCACUGUACAUGUAUAUUACAUCAAGACCAGAUAAAUCAGCAUCUGAAGUGCUUUGGCUUCAGCUGGAACAAGAGACAGUCAGACUCCUGACGAGGUGUACGCGGUGUUCCAGUCCAGGGGUUUUGUUACCUGGUACAGACUGCCAGUGUAACCUCGAGGUGGUUAAGGCAUUAAUUAUAAUGUUACACAGACAGUGGAUGAAGAUUAGAAGAUCUGAAAACAGCUUGUGUGCAUAUAAGGAACAAAUUAUUCAGUUUUUACGGGAUGCGGUUUUACUCUUACACAGCCUGUCUCAGAAAGAUAAACUGUUUCACGAACACUGUUUGGAAGUUCUCCAUCAAUAUGACCAAGCCAUGCCAGGCAUAAGAGCCAUUCUCAAAAAGACUCAAAAAUUAAGUGCCUGUGAAGAGCUGAUUUUGGAUGACUUGUAUCCUCCUGAGCCAGAAGCAGAAGACCAAGGAAUGGACUCCAGCUAG